CAUAUACACUUAUAGUUAACUUCUUAUACUCCAUUGAAAAUGUACAGAGCAGCCCAACGUACCAUCAGAAGAAACGCCCACCACUACGCUCCUUCCAAAUACCUUAACGAAUCUGCUUUCCCAGCUGCCAAGGUAAACAAGGCUGCCGGUGAAGCCUUUGUCAAAGAGCAUGAAGCCAAGGUUGCCCACUCCAAGGGUAUCUCUGACUUGUGGAAGAAAUUAACUUUCUUUGUUGCCAUUCCAGCCAUUUUAUUGACUGCUAUUCCUGUCACCAAGGUCGAAUUGGAACACGCUGAACACAGAAAGCAUCAACGUCACAUGUCUGAUGAAGAAUGGCCUGUCCAAUAUGCUUACCAAAACUUGAGAACAAAGCCUUACUUCUGGGGUGACGGUGACAAGACCAUGUUCUGGAACUCCGAUGUCAACAGACACGUUCAAGAAUAAACAGAUUUGCUUUUCUCUUUUUAUACUGCAUUUGAACUUAUUGAAUAAGUAGCUUACAUAUUUGUUAUAUAUGAAUUAUACAUUUUAAGAAUU